AAUGGGAUGAAGUUUCCGAUAAAGAUGGCGACCAAUUCUGACAAUCCAUCAAACGAUGUCGAUGAGGAUUAUAUUUCGAUGUCUCUGCAUGAAAUGUUCCAUAUUGUUGGUGAUCAAAUGACCGAGAGGGACAUAAAAUUGCUGAAAUUUUUCUGUGUGGGUUUGAUAUCAGAGGAAAUGACGUCCAAGGUCCACGAUGGAUUCAGUUUUUUGUUGUGCAUGGAGAAAAUGAAUCUGGUAUCAGAGUCAAAUUUCAUGAACGUGCUGGACCUGUUGAGAAUAAUAAACAGGCACGACCUGUCUCAGUUUGUACAUCUCAGGUGCAGGAAAACAGUGAGACGGGAUCCAAUCUGUGAAUAUCUGGAGUCCAACUUCACCCAGUCACAAAGCACAACAGACAAAUCAAAGGUUUCUGGUGGAAGUUCAUUAGUUCAGGAAAAUGUUGCAAGUGACAAGUCGGUGUGUGAAGCCACUAGAAGAGAAGGUGGUAAAUCCUCAGUGAAGACUGCAGUAAGUGACAGUACUACAGAGCCCUGCCAGAUAUCAGCUGGCAGUGUUCAUUGUAAGUCAUCUCGGACUAAAACUUCAGACUCACAAUCUUCCUGUCAGUUAGCGUCUUCACCGUCCUCUUCAACUUUGACCUCAGUGUGUUCUUCCUCAAAGUCUUUAUUACCUGGAGAAAGGUGUGUACAGAAGAGCUCGUCCUCAGAUGUUCCUUCCAUGUCUACUCGGUCAAAGAGGCAAAGAUCUGGUAGCUUGCCUGAGAAUACUGGAGGGAGCGAUGAUUCCCCCUCUACAUCCAUUAAACGAAGAAGAAAGGAUGUGGAAACAAAAGAAAACACUGAGGUGAAAGAUCAUAGUUCUACUGAUGUAAUCCAGGUGGACAGACAGUCGGCCAUUGUGGCUGCUGGUCCGUCAGUUCAGGAGAGAAUGGCAAGUGACGACAGCAGUAGAACGAAUUUGAAUAAAUCAGAGGAAAAAAUGAUGGCUUCACCGAGUGAUAUAAGUACCAGUGAAACAUUACAACCUACUAGGGCGUCCUCUUGUGAUAGAAGGGACACAGACUGUAUGAAAGCUCUGGACGAGGGUCAGACUGGUCAGACUGACCAGACCACCAACUCCCAGCCUGGUGAUUCAGGAGCCAAUACGGAGAGGAAGAAGGAGAAACUAACCUGUGAUAUUCGACUACGUGUACGUGCAGAGGUGGCUCUACAGGAGAGCACUUUGGAGGGAAAUGUAUUUUCUAACAAACCGACAGUGGUAGAACGGCAGUGUGAGAAGUUCAUGCAAGCUAACACAGUCCUCAAGUCACAUGACCUUGGUUCUAUUGUGUGUGACAUCAAGUUCUCGGAUCUGACCUAUUUAGAUGCUUUUUGGCGGGACUACAUCAAUGGAUCCCUGCUGGAGGCCUUGAAGGGCGUCUUUCUCACAGAGUCACUCAAGCAGGCUGUUGGACAUGAGGCUAUAAAACUCUUGGUCAAUGUUGAUGAGGAUGACUAUGAGGCUGGUAGAGUCAAACUACUGCAGAAUCUCAAAAACUAAGAUUUUAUUCCGGGGAUAGUAUACUGUAAUGGUGGACAAUUGUAUAUAGAUGUAAUUAAAUACCUUGUUCAUGAAAUAGA